AUUGGCGAACCCGGAUUUUGUCACAUCAUCCUCCUCUUCUUCAUUUCCAUGGCGGCCUCUCUGAAAGCUACCCACUUCCUUCAACUAAAGAAUAGGCAAGCCCGCCAUUCCUUCCUUACCCAUUCUCCGGAAAGGCUCACUUUUCCGCGAAAACCACCCAUGGCUGCUCUCACCGCCGCUCCGCUUGCCGCCGGCCUUUCUGAAACUUUCACCAGCCUCAGGCAACAAGGCAAAGUGGCAUUGAUUCCAUACAUCACGGCGGGUGAUCCAAACCUAGCAACCACUGCAGAAGCUCUUAAAAUACUUGAUUCUUGUGGUUCAGAUAUAAUUGAGCUUGGAGUUCCUUAUUCUGAUCCACUUGCUGAUGGGCCAGUUAUACAGGCUGCCGCUACUCGUUCGCUGCAGGGAGGAACCAAUUUUGAUAAAAUAAUCGCAAUGUUAAAGGAUGUGACGCCUCAAUUAUCCUGUCCGAUUGCCUUGUUCACCUAUUAUAACCCUAUACUUAAGCGUGGAGUUGAAAAGUUCAUGGACACUGUAAAAGAUGCCGGAGUACAUGGACUUGUGGUUCCUGAUGUCCCUCUUGAGGAAACUGAAAUUUUGAGAAAGGAAGCUUCUAAGAAAAAGAUUGAAUUGGUUUUGCUCACAACACCCACUACUCCAACAGCUCGGAUGAAAUCAAUUGUUGAAUGUUCGGAGGGAUUUGUAUACCUUGUGAGCUCGGUUGGAGUUACUGGAGCUCGGGCAUCUGUGAGUGGCAAGGUUGAGUCCCUUCUAAAGCAAAUUAAGGAGGCAACAUCGAAGCCAGUAGCAGUUGGUUUCGGGAUAUCAAAACCCGAGCAUGUGAAACAGGUGGCAGCGUGGGGAGCUGAUGGGGUGAUUGUCGGUAGCGCAAUGGUGAGAAUACUAGGUGAGGCCAAAUCGCCUGAAGAAGGAUUGAAAGAAUUACAAGCGUUUGCAACUUCGCUAAAAUCUGCACUUUCUUGAUGAUUUUACUUCACUGCAUAUUGGAAUUAUUAUCUCAGAUUUCAUUUCAUAGUUUGGAUUGUUUUGAUUGGUAAUUGUUACUUUUACCCUGAAAGGAUGAAGAUCUAUAGUUGGUACUCUCUUUGUUUCUUCCUUGACAAAUGACUUUGGUUCUCUCA